AUGUGUGGAAUCAUCGCGGUGAUCCUGGCCGAUCCUAAUGGAUCCGCCGUCCAAGACAUCAAUAAUGGUCUUCCCAUUCUCCAGCACAGAGGACAGGAUGCCUGCGGAAUCGCUACCUGUGGAACCGGAGGAAAGAUCUACACGCGCAAAGGAAACGGACUCUGCGCUGAAGUUGUCCGCACUCAACAGCACCUCAUGGACCUUCCGGGAAACAUGGGAAUCGGCCACCUGAGAUAUCCUACUGCUGGAUCGUCCGGAAACGCCGAAGCUCAACCCUUCUACGUUAACUCUCCCUACGGAAUCUGCUUCGCUCACAACGGAAACUUGAUCAACGCACAGAAGCUCCGCAGUUACCUCGACCACGAAGCCCACCGUCAUAUUAACACUGACUCCGACAGCGAGGCACUCCUCAAUGUCUUCGCCAGCGCUCUCCAGGAGACUGGUAAGUUCCGUGUCAACGAGGAGGAUAUCUUUACCGCCUUGAAGGAUGUGUACACUCGCGCCGAGGGGGGAUACGCUUGUGUUGCUAUGCUCGCCGGUUUCGGAGUCAUCGGGUUCAGAGAUCCGUAUGGAAUUCGCCCGUUGGUCCUCGGAGAGCGUGAUUCGACUGUCAUUCCCGGCGGAAAGGAUUACAUGUUUUCCAGUGAGAGCGUCGCUCUCGACCAGCUCGAGUUCUCGAACCACAUUACCGUAGCUCCUGGUGUGGCCGUCAUCAUAACCAAGGGCAACAAGCCGAUCUUCCGUCAGGUCGUCCCGGCACUGGACUAUGCUCCCGACAUUUUCGAGUACGUCUACUUCGCCCGUCCCGACUCGAUCCUCGAUGGCAUCUCGGUCUACCGCUCGCGCCAGAACAUGGGACUGGCCCUCGCCGACACGGUCCUCAAGCAGCUGGGAGAGGACGUGGUCAAGACAAUCGAUUUGGUCAUCCCCAUUCCGAGCACUUCCGAGGUUUCCGCGCUCAGCUUGGCCCAGAAGCUUAAAAUUCCUUACUGCCAGGCUUUCGUCAAGAACAGAUACGUUGGACGAACUUUCAUCAUGCCUGGUCAGAAGGAGCGCCAGAGGUCAGUGCGCAGGAAGCUCAACGCGAUGAAGGACGAGUUCAAGGACCGCAAUGUUCUUCUAGUAGACGACAGUAUUGUCCGUGGAACGACAAGUCGGGAGAUCGUCAACAUGGCCCGUGAGGCCCAGGCCAAGAAGGUGUUCUUCGCCAGUUGCGCUCCGCCCAUCAGAAACGCCCACAUCUACGGAAUCGAUCUGGCGGACACUAGGGAACUGGUCGCCUACGACCGCACCGAAGCCGACGUGGCCGAACACAUUGGCGCCGACGCCGUCAUCUACCAGACUUUGCCCGACCUGAUCGAGUCGUGCUCCUCUCUCAACCCUGCGAUCAAAAACUUCGAGGUCGGCGUCUUCAGCGGCAAAUACGUCACCCCCGUAGAUGCCGACUACUUCGAGCGUCUGGAGAGCAUACGCGGCCAGAACUCGGCAAAGAAGAGGCAGGAGGCGGCGAUCUCGGCCGUCGCCGCUGGCGUCGCUAAUGACGGAGACGUCGAGACUGUCCUGGACCGUGUGCGUGCCGCUAACGGAAUGGAGAAGGUCCGCGAGACCAUGGAUGUUAGCAUACAUAACUUCGGUGACUAUGUGGAUGUCAAGGUCAUGAGGUAA